AUGAUUGUCAUCACUUGGCUGCAGUACCGGUUUUGCUGUUUAGGACGCGUAAUUCGUAUGCCAGAUGAUCACUUGCCUCACAGAGCUUUCUUCACCCAGUUUCGGAGACGACCGAGUAGCGGUCAGUCCAUGAUAUGGCAACGAAACAUGAAAGCCCUUAACAGUUGCGUUGAUAAGUACCGUCUCCGGGGGCCAAGACCGCAGGAUGUGACGAACGAAUGGUUAGUUGCUGAAAACUCUCGCCCUUCUUGGGGCUCAUCAGGCAGGCACCGUCCCCGAGUGUCCGUCAACCUCAUGUCCUACUUGAAACCGAAUCGCACGAAACUAGCGGAAUACACUCAUUUGCAAGCUAAUUUGUUGUCAGACAGACACUGUAUCCGGACUGAGAAGGUCAGAACAGCUUUUGUGAACUCGCGUGACCCAUGGGGCAGGCGUGACCUAAGCUUAUCCGUCAAGGUCGAGUUUACAAUGCUGCGAUGCGCCCCAUAUUACUAUACGGAUCGGAAAGCCUGGCCGCUGCGCGCCGAGGACGUCAAAAGACUUUCAUCGUUUGACCAUCGAUGUCUUCGGAGCAUUGCCUGA